GGGAAAAAAGACAACAACACACUACAAACAUUUGGGCUUAGAAUUGAACAAAGUCAUUUAGUUCGAUGCGUCAUUAUUUACGAAUUUUUUACACAUUUUAUUCAGUGUGUGUGUGUGUGAUGUUCUGUGAAUUUUAUUGAGAAAAUCGUAUUGAAUCGCUGCAAUUGAAUAGGUUUUCGAAUUAAGCUAAAUGUAAAAGAACAUAAUAUUCACACACGAUGGUCACCACUUUGAAACGUUACUCGUGCGCUGCAACAACAUUCAGAGCUUAGUUGCCGCGGAAAGAGUGUGGUCGGUGUCUAUAUCGUGUUUGUGAUUUGUUUGCCAAUCAAGGAAGAAAAAAAAAGAAAAAAUCUGGAGAAAAAUGGGGAAAGCACUAUCGGAACAGCCACGGGUUGUGUUCAAGCAGCUAAAAGGAUUUCAAGCGAUCGACGAGCAGGGCAAAGUAAAAACCAUAUUAUUUUUGAACGCAUCGCGCGAAGUAGUCGCAAUCAUUGACAGCUUUGGAAAGCUAUUCAAACCUGUUGUAUAUGACAUGAAUGGAAACAUUGAAAAAUUGUGGCAAAUCUACGUACAAAAUGAAAUUGAUUACAUGUUUUUGGACGAUAUGCUUAAAUCAAGCGAAGAAAGAAUACAAAAUUGCGCCAGAGAUGCACUCACUUGGCUGAAAAGAGCGCUUGAAAUGAUCGAAAAGUUUUUCUCGAAUGUAGUCGCAGACCACACGUGUGAAGAGAACCUCAAGCGUCACAUUGAAGCAGCGUAUGCCAUUACACUGAAGCAAUAUCACAGCUGGAUCAUCCAAAAAUCAUUCUCGCUCAUUUACACCGUGUUACCAAAUCGAUCGCAGCUAAUUGGUAAGGGAGAUGUUCAUCACGAAAAUGUGCAAGCGUUGGAAAAAUUCUUGGAUUCGAUGCGAAUGCAUUUAAACGAAGUAAACCUGAUGAUUUGCAAUUAGCUCCUUCAACCCAAACCAUUGAUCUCGUUCACUAAUGAUGAUUCAUUCAGCUUGGUUUUUUUUUCAUUUUAAACAAUUUCCACAAUUGACCUGAACACAUUUAGUUUUAAUUUCCAUGAUUUUUACCGAUUUUUAUUACUUUGCUCGAUUAGCGUAAGAAUAUGAAAUUGUUGUGCCUUUAAUUGUGUCAUUCGUCUCAUGGCCACGUAUCCGAUCACAAUUUGCAAGAAAACUAAAGCUGUGGCCAACAGUUGAACAAAGAUCUGAAGCCAAAACACUUUUGCUUUGUGCACGAUGUAGAAAAAGAAAAUUUCAAUUGGUUGCUGGAUGAAUGUUGAAAGAAUCAAGAAUCCGGCAAAAUCAGCAAUCUGAAAAAUGUUUUUUUUUUCCUCUUUUUCUUAGUUAAUUUGAAAUAAAUUGAGAUUAAAUUUUACAAAGAUAAAACAAA